AUGACUGAUCGAGGAUUCUGGCCAACUCUGGCCAUCAUGCUCUUGCUGGUUUCGUGCAACUGUAGCAGUGUACCGACAGCCGAAACAGUAAACAACAUUGUAGGUACAAACCAUCAACCAUGGUUCCAAUAUUGUACCCAUUACAAGCCAACGUUGAAAGAAGAACAGCCGCCGGGUACACCUGUACUACGUGUGACAGCCGCCGAUCCCGAUCAAGGACAAACGAUAGAAUACAGCAUUGCAACCAUGCCAGAUGGCCGGAAGUAUUUCAAUAUUGAUAAAACCACAGGCCAAAUCGCGUCCGUCCAUGUUUUCGAACGAGAUGCACCAAUCCGAGUUCGAGAAAUUAAUAUUACGGUAUGGGCGACCGACAAUGGUUCGCCCAGUCUGGAAGGCGUUUGUACUAUCAAGGUGACUAUUCUGGACAUCAACGACAAUCCACCGAUAUUUGAUAAAGACGUCUACGAAGUGUCGGUGACGAAAGAUGUGCCACUAAAUCAGUCGCUGGCCAACAUUUCAGCAAUGGAUAAAGACGAUGGUGACAACAACCGCAUUAAGUAUGAGAUCGUACAAAAAAACGAAGAUAGUAGCUAUUUCGACAUCGAUGAGAGUAAUGGCUUGCUCACACUAGCAAAACCAAUCGACCGCAGUCCAGGAAAGUUUUAUACUUUUCAUGUUCGGGCGUAUAAUGAAGGCUCAAUGGAAAACAAAACACAACAAACAGUAGUAACGGUUCGUGUACUUGAUCCCAACAAUAACGCACCAUACUUCAUCAAGAAGCCAAGGAACCCUGUGAUGCUCAAAGAAACGAUUGAGGAUUACAGCAAGGUUUUAGCGGAGUUUGAAGCAGUCUCGAACGUAAAGGAUGAUAACGUUGUAAUUUUCCAGAUAGUGGAUGAAAAUAUUAACUCCGCAUUUUUAUUGGAACAAACCAACAAUACGGCUUACAUUAAAAUGCGAAGAAAAUUGGACUAUGAAACGGCAACAAAUCAUACGCUGGUAAUAAGAGCAACGAACUCUCUUGAAGCCUACACAGAAGUACUUUUGACGAUCAUGAUUGUGGAUGAAAACGACAACGGCCCCGUAUUUGUAGGAGAAGCCACGGGAGCUAUCGAAGAGCACAAGUUGCCUGGUACAUUUGUAAUGCGAGUCCAUGCCCAGGAUGUUGAUGGCACGGCACCCAACAACAUUGUGUCCUAUCGGUUGGCGGAUGCAGAUAAGGAAUAUUUUCAAAUUGGCAGCCAAACGGGCGUCAUUACAUCGAUGGUGAAAUUCGAUAGGAAAAUGAACGAUCGUUACGCGGUGACAGUAACGGCGGAGGACAAUUCGCCGUCUGUGUUAUGGAACAACGGAAAACCGAACAGCAUUACUAAGACCUUUUUCAUCUUCGUUUUGCCCAGAACCGAUUCCAAACUACAGUUUGAGCACCAAAUAUAUGGAACAGAUUAUCUACCCGAAAAUACCACCAUCGGCACAAAAGUGAUCAAAGUGAAGGCCUACGGCAAGGAUGAACAUUCUAGCAUCAAGUACAGCAUCAUCAAGAACAACGAGGCGGAUGCGUUCGAAAUUGACGAGAAUACCGGUGUGAUUUCGAUAAACAAUCAGCUGGACUACGAAACGAUGCCGGAAUAUAAAUUGCACGUAAAGGCGGAUGAUGGUCAAUAUUCUAAUACCGCGAUCGUACGGCUCAUCAUAGGAAACGUUAAUGAUAACGCACCGAAAUUUAUUAACUUGCCCAAUGUCACGAUCACAGAAGAAACAAUCUCUCCCGGUUGUAUUGCGAAUGUGAAGGCUUACGAUCCUGACAUCGGGAACAAUGAAAAACCUCAACGCAUACACUACACGCUCGAGAAGGAACUUGAGCAGCUACUGGAAAUCGACGACAGUGGAUGCCUUCGGUUGUUGCAGCCACUUGAUCGCGAUCUUCCUAAUGGUUCAAAGUCCUGGGAGGUUAAAAUUACGGCGACGGAUGAAAAUGGUAAAGGAAAACAUUCAACCGGCACCCUAAACAUCACAUUGGAAGACAUUAACGACAACGCUCCAAAUUUAACCAACACACAACCUGUUGUAUGGGGUGAACAUCGUCCUCCGGGUAUGAUUGUCAAGCUAACAGCGCAAGAUGCGGAUGAAGAUCCAAAUGGCCCUCCAUUCGUUUAUGGCAUCGAUCCAGAAGCUCCGUGGGAGAUUAAGCAACAGUUUCGAAUAGUAGGAGACGAAUUGCGUGCAUUAAUUGAGUUUGAUCGCGACGACCAAGCCGAAUACAGAGUUCCAAUCUUGGUGAGAGAUUCGGGUAGUCCGCCGAUGAGCGCAAUUAGCACUCUGCGGGUAGUGAUUGCCGAUGAGAAUGAUAGCAAAAUGCAGCAGAGUAAGAGCAAUAUAGUGGUCUACAAGUACAACGGAUGGUUGUCUGAUAUAGACAUUGGACGAGUAUAUUUGAACGGUUCAGAUGAUUGGGAUUUGUCUAACAAAACAUUUCGCUGGGACAAGGUAACGAAAGAGGAAACUUUGAAGCUUUUCCAACUGAACUUCGUCACCGGUAUGAUAACCAUGUUGCAAGGCACACCUUGCGGACAGUAUGAUCUUCGUUUUCAAGUAGUUGAAAGUUCGGACCACUUUUCUCGACGCAGUGUCUCAACUCGAGCAACAGUGUUGGUGAAGGAUAUUUCGAAACAAUCGAUAGACCAGAGCGGAUCAAUUCGAUUCUACCAUGUAACGGCAGAUGAAUUUAUAUCUCAAACUCCGGAUCAUCUCAGCACACCGCUUCAUCGACUCCAAACGAGUAUUGCAACUAUUCUCAACGUCAGUCCAUCCGAUGUGAACAUAUUCACAGUCAACAAUCAAUAUCUCGCAAAAGGCUCUUUCUUGGACGUGUUCUUUGCAGUCAACGGUAGUGUUUACUCAUCGUCUGAGCUGCUCAAUAGCGUACUUAGUUACCAGCUGCACCAAUUGGAGAAAGAUGUCGGAUUUCCGAUUGAGAUGGUAGGCAUCGAUGAAUGCGAGUUGCAUAGUAUUACUUGUGAGCAGUCAUGCAGAAAUAAGGUAUACAAAUCACCCAAACCGAUCGUCGUCUACGCCAAUGCAACUUCCUUUAUAGGAAUAACCACAUUCGUGGAUGCGGAAUGCGUCUCAGAUACAUCGUCGAUCACGUGUUUGAAUGGAGGCACGCUUGAGAGUAAUAGCUGCAUAUGUCCAAAUGGCUUCGAGGGUCCACAGUGUGAAAUGAUCGACAUCAGUUUCGAUGGCAACGGGUAUGCCAUUUAUCCAUCGAUCAUUAGUGGCAAAAUUACAAACAUCAGCAUUGAGAUCUUACCCCAACAGACAGAUGGCUUGGUGUUGUACAUUGGACCCAUGAAAUACAAUCCGCGUAUAAAGACACAACCAUUUCUUGCAUUGGAGAUAAUCAACAGUAUGCUGGUAAUGCUGUUAGACUAUGGAACUGGAACGUUCCGUAUCGAGGAACACCUGAUAUUUUCACAGCACGUUUCAUUGAGAGUGGAUAUCUCAUUGAAGCCCAAAAUGAUUGAGAUGAAAACAGUUAAAAAUAACUUCGCAAUUAGUUCAAGCCGAUACAAAAAUAUGGAUUUUGGUGGGAGCAUUAAUACUCAUGGACCUGUUCAGUUGGGCGGUACAAUCGUCGAUUUCUACAAGCUUGGGCCACUAUACAACUGGAUGUACAUACCAGUGACAAAGGGGCUCAAUGGCCGCUUGCGGAACCUCACAAUAAAUGGGCGCACAAUCGACUUUCAGCAGUAUAAUUUGGAACAGAACCUUCAUUUCAGUUUUAACAACCCAAUCGAUAAGGACACAUUGGUGCUCACAUUGGUGCUGUCGAUAAGCAUGGUCGCCAUAAUGAUUGUCAUAAUUCGAUAUUUCAACCACUUCAAGUGCAAUGGAGUUUCAAUGCUCACACAAGAGUUAACUCAUGAUUUAAAUCGCGAGUUGAAGUUCACCGUGAAGAGUUAA